AUGUCAACUCUACGAGUGUUCCGUCGAGACUAUUCGAUUGCAUUGGCCACGAAAGACUCUAUCCUUGAAUUCAAAUACACAUCGUCCCCCGUAGAUAGCAGCAGAAAUGUGUCAUUAGCCCACCAGCGGGCAACCCGCUGCUUGGUGGAAUUUGCGCCUCGCGAGCCAGCAAGCUUAGACGGCUAUCGGCUUUUGGGUGAGGGCUGGGGCACGCUUGGAUUGAUUUCCCUGAACAACGAUGUCUUCAUCUGUGUUGUGACCGGAUCCUCUCGAGCAGCAUCUCCCCGGCCCGCAGAGAAUGUUCUCAGAAUCGAUAACGUUGAUUUUUACUGUUUAAAUCGCCUAGAUUAUGAACAUGGCGAAGAUUACCAAUCAACUACUCGAUUUGCCGCAGAGGACCUCCAGGAUGACAUCGAGGAUAAAGAUAUGGUCACCGACCACCCUUUUUUGGCUCUGAAAAGAUUGCUCGGCGAUGGCAGCUUCUAUUAUAGCCUUGACUUCAACCUUACUGAUCAUCUUCAGGAUCGGUCGAGUACUUCGGCCGCUUUCGACAUCGAUAAUCUGAAUCAAGACAUGCUCUGGAAUUCUUAUAUGAUCGCUCCUCUUCUUCUUUUCCGCAGUCGCCUAUCAAAGCAUGAAAAGGAAAGCCUGGAUGCUUCUCGCAUUCUGACGCUGGUAAUUAGAGGCUUUGCUGGAACCCUGACGAUGCCUGCAUCGACAUUGAAAGCCCCUCAGCUACGUUCAAAUCUUCCCUCGGCGUUGACAGUGAUCUCACGACUAUCUUCUCGUCGAGCUGGAACUCGGUUCAAUUCCCGGGGAAUUGAUGAUGACGGAAAUGUGGCAAACUUUGUCGAAACCGAGACUAUUUUAAGGAGCCCAACAGGAAUUACUUUCUCAUAUGUGCAAGCCCGUGGAUCAGUUCCAGUGUUCUGGGAGCAAGCACCAGGCCUCAUUCCUGGACAACAAAAGAUUGAUAUAUCUCGCUCCUUCGAUGCGACAAAACAUGCUUUUGACAAGCAUUUCGAAGCUCUCGAGCUAAAGUACGGGGCUGUUCACAUUAUUAAUCUUUUGAGUGAAAGUAAACCCGGGGAAUUGGGGUUAUCAGCCCAGUUUCGGAAACACGUUUCACGGAGGACACAAUCACGAGAAAACGAAGGCGCAAUAUCGGCUAAUCGUCAUCUCCUACAGAUGACGGAAUACGAUUUUCAUGCGGAGACGAAAGGGCCCCUUGGUUACGAGGCUAGUAGCCAGAUCCGUUAUUUGAUCAACCUGUCACUGGAUGGAUUUGGAUACUUUUUAAUGGAAGAUCCUCCUUACGAAAAGUCUCCAUCUUCCAUUGAUACCAGACGCAGAGACCCGAGAAUAAUACUCCAACAAGAGGGGAUUUUUAGAACGAAUUGUCUCGACUGUCUUGACAGAACCAACCUAAUACAAACAAACAUCAGUAUCAUGGCGCUAGAGAAUUUUCUUCAUCUGGUAGGAACUGAUAUUGUUGCUGAAAUUCGAAUGAGACAUUCGAGUUUAUGGGCAGAUAAUGGAGAUGCUCUGUCUCGCAUCUACGCUGGCACCGGCGCACUCAAGUCAUCGUUUACGCGGCAUGGGAAAAUGUCGCUAGCAGGCGCCUUUGCAGACGCUCGAAAAAGUGCUACUCGUUUAUAUGUUAAUACAUUUGGAGACAAAGCCAGACAGAAUACCAUCGACGUUCUGAUGGGUAGACUAGCCAACCAAGUUCCAGUCGAUCUCUACGACCCCCUGAAUGAUAUCGUUUCUGCAGAACUUGAGCGUCGAAUUGACGAAUAUACGUCCUCGAAAAACAUAAGGAUAUGGGUGGGGAGUUUCAAUGUAAACGGCAGAUCCGACGGGGCGAUGACGGAUUUAUCUUCCUGGCUUUUUUCCUUGCGUGAAAAAGAUGGUGACAGCCCUAGUAUCGUCGUUGUGGCAUUUCAGGAAAUCGUGGAGCUUAGUCCCCAACAAAUUAUGUCUACUGACCCUGAGCCGCGGAUGAUCUGGGAGAAUGCAGUCAAGGAUUGUCUGAAUGCACAUGCAAAUCAGUACAACACGAAGAAUUAUGUUCUACUGAGAAGCGGUCAGCUUGUUGGAACCGCUCUUCUGGUGUAUGUUCGAGAGGAUGCAAUUCAUGAUGUCAAGAACGUGGAGGGUAGUGUGAAAAAGACCGGUCUUUCGGGAAUGGCUGGCAACAAAGGAGGGUGUGCCAUACGCCUUGAGUUUUCAAACACUCGGAUUUGUUUUGUUACAGCUCAUCUUGCAGCUGGGUUCGCAAAUUACGACGAGCGAAAUAGGGACUACGCGACAAUCAGCAAUGGGCUCAGGUUUCGCUAUAACAGGUCUAUCGAAGACCAUGACGCGAUUAUUUGGCUUGGGGAUUUCAACUAUCGUAUAGGAUCAGGUGAUCGAGAAGUACGGCAGCUUAUUAAGGCACACGAAUAUGGGAAACUCUAUGAAAAUGAUCAGUUGAAUUUACAAAUGAUAGCCGGGAGAACAUUCCCUUUUUACUCUGAAGGACUUAUACAAUUUCCUCCAACAUACAAGUUUGACUUUGGAAGCGACGAAUACGAUACUUCGGAAAAAGCUAGGAUACCAGCGUGGUGUGACCGAAUCCUCUGGAAAGGGACUGGACUCAAACAGAUACAUUACUGCUCUGCAGAUCUAAAGACAUCAGAUCAUCGCCCUGUUUUAGCCCUGUUUGAUUGUUCAAUCAGCAUCGUCAAUGAAAGCCAGAAGGAUCGUUUGAACCGCCUGCUCUAUGAUCAGCGCCGCGCGGAACUACGUGACGCAGCAUCACAAAAUCUUCUCAUCGACAGCGAUGACGAAGCCGCAGAUUACACGUCUCCUUCACCUGGACUACCGUCAGCUAGCUCGGAUCGUCACAAGUGGUGGCUUGACCGAGGUUACCAAGUCAGAUCUGAUAUACAGCCUGACGUACAGGGGAACAUACCCAACAUAGUUGGGAAGCCUAAUCCUUUCAGCGAAACUGGUCAGCCUGAUUGGGUAUAUCCUCAACUGUUACUCAGCCAAGAGAGUAUGUUGCGCCCAACUUCUUCGCUACGGUCUACAGGCCCGGACACUCGAUCUUCUACCGACAAGGACCGGGGGUUCCACGACAGAAAGACUUCGAAACCUGAAGUCCCACGAAAACCUGCUGUUCUAGUUCCGAGAAAACCAACACCACCAACGCGAAAACCUGCAUCUCCGCAACAUGGGAGCCCGGGGGGCUUUGACCCAAGUCUUAGAACUAAACCUGCGUUACCUCCUAGGGUACCACCGUCUGGAACGAAGAAUCACACUCCAAUAGAAGACAGGAUCCAAUCACUGAGUACUGGCGGAGGCGCACCGCGCACCACAAAUCUGCUAGAUGAUGCGGAUAAUACACUUUUGCAGGAAUGGAAACCCUUGAGCCCGGGUCGCUAG